AUGGGCCACAACGAUUUUGAGUCUAAAAUACCCCAAAUAUCGCUCCUGAACCACAAGGAGCUGUUUGAGGCCAAUGCCUUGGCUCUGGGACAGGUUUACUCCUUCCCAGACCUCAUGUACACCGAUUGUGGGCCAAGCCAGCAUGCCAUGGUGGUGCUUCUGGCUGAUAAGCAGACGGAUGUUGAUCUGGACAAGAUGAUUGAUACCUAUACUGAUACCAGCAAUCCAAUGCCCAAGACCAUUGGAGUCUGGAGAAGAAGUAACUCGGAUACUCACGAAAUCUCCUCGCAACUUCUUUCGAGAGGGUUUCAGUUGGGCUGGGAACCUCAAUGGAUGGGUCUUGAGCUGAAAGAUGCUGAUUUAGAUCAGAAGGAGAUGGACGGAGUGGUUAUACGACGUGUCGAGCCGGAUGAGAAUCUCGUUAUUCCCGCGGAGGUUCCCUUUUCAAGUUUAGAUGACAACAGUAUCUACGUGAGGGGGAUGUGGAAGGAUGGAACGGUGGUCAAGUUUGUUGCUGAGGUUGAAGAGAAGAUUGUCGGCCAUACUGACAUCUUCUUCGGUACAUCACCGGGGAUGUACAAUGUUGGCGUGAAUCCUGAAUACACCAACAGAGGUAUAGCCACUGAGCUGGUCAAGAUGGCCUGCAAAUACGCUAGGAAUGAUAGAGGCGCCAACAAUGUGACUCUCAAUGGCACAGGAACUGUCAUGUAUGAGCGGAUCGGCUUCAAACAUGCAUCUAAUGGAUCCACUUGGUGGCUUCAUCGUGAGAAGUACCAGAAAAACACACCAGAACAGCAACGAAUCAUCUGGUUGGUGUGUCAAGGAGACGUUCAGGGACUGGACAAGUAUUCUCAGAGUCUACAGUUUCCCCUUGCCAAUGGAAUGUCAUUAGUGGAGCUUGCUCUGCACUUUGAAAAUGAGGAGACAGCUAGAUGGUUGGUUCGAAACGACGCUCCUCAUUCGAUUGUGGACCUCUGGGACUUAGGGGGCAUCUCACGAGCAAUCACAGAGGUGGAUCUUGUCAACAAAGUAGUGGACGAGGGUAAAACAGCUCUCCAUGUCGCUGUUGAACGCGGAGACGAAGACUUUGUUCAGUUCCUGCUGAAAAGUGGAGCAGACACCACGAUCCAGGAUGGUCUAUACAAGAGCACGCCUGUAGGUUGGGCCAAGGUUCUUGGUAGGACUGAAAUCGAAACCAUGAUUGAAGCCCACAUGAGAGACAAGAAGCCAGAACCAUCAAACUCUCGAUGA